GCCUCACUAUGUCUGCCAUUUUCAAUUUUCAGAGUCUGUUGACUGUAAUCUUGCUGCUUAUAUGUACCUGUGCUUAUAUCCGAUCCUUGGCACCCAGCCUCCUGGACAGGAAUAAAACUGGGUUGUUGGGUAUAUUUUGGAAGUGUGCCAGAAUCGGUGAACGGAAGAGUCCUUAUGUUGCGGUAUGCUGUAUUGUGAUGGCCUUCAGCAUCCUCUUCAUACAGUAGCUUGGAAAAAUGCCAGAAUUCAGUUGCAAUCAGAUUUAAAUAUGAAAAAAAGGACUUAUCUGCAGAAAACAAUGGAAAGAAUGGUUAACCCUUUUAUCUUUGAACAUUGAAUGAGAUAAAUUUUCAGCUGCUCUUCUCUAUUUUUGUUAUUGGACCAAUGUUCUAUAUAAAUAAUUAGGAUGUAACCAUUUAAUACUCAGAGCUUAAAUAUGUCUGUAACAAUCAACCUCAGUACUGUCACUACAAUAUUACAUUCUGCGUAUGUCAUUCUGUUGUGUCAGAUACCAGUUUUUAGUGAGGUAUCUUUAAGGCACAUAGGAGAAAAAAUUGGUAAAUUACUUAAGUUCCUUUCACUGUGAUUUGGGAACGAUAAAUCUUUAUAGAAUGAGACUUUUUGGACUAGUUUUUUUAUUGAAAAAAAAAGGUUCAAUUCGUGUUG